CAAGAGACUAUCAGUUGUGGUUUCGGUUUCGGUUAAUAAAAUUUAAUUAUAAUCGCCGACAACAUGAAGGUAUUCAUUUGUUUAUUAUCAGUUAUUGCCGUCUGUUCGGCUGGUAUAUUAAGCGGUGGCGGAGGUCUUGGUAGUUAUGGUGGCGGUGGCCAUGGAGGAUGGGCAGGCGGGGGAGCUUCAUUUGGCGGUGGAAUAGGCGGUGGUCAUGGAGGUUUUGGAGGAGGUUAUGGUGGGGGUUAUGGAGGUGGGCAUGGUGGUGGAAUAGGAGGUGGUGGAGGUGUUAAAAUUAUUAAAGUUAUAAGCAGUGGUGGAGGUGGAUAUGGAGGAGGUUUUGGUGGUGGUCAUGGUGGUGGUUAUGGAGGAGGAUUUGGUGGUGGUCACGGAGGUAGUUAUGGAGGAGGAUUUGGUGGUCAUAGCGCUGGUUAUGGCGGAGGAUUUGGUGGCGGUCAUGGUGGUGGUUAUGGAGGAGGAUUUGGUGGUGGCCAUGGAGGCGGAGCUAUUGGCGGAGGUGGUGUUGUUAAAGUUAUAAAAGUUGUAGAUGCUGGUAGCUUUGGUGGCGGACAUGGUGGUUUUGGUGGCGGACACGGUGGUUUUGGUGGUGGUUAUGGAGGUGGAUACGGUGGAGGAUUAGGAGGUGGAUUAGGAGGUGGAUGGCAGCCAAGUGGAGGAUGGGCCUAG